AUGUUCCGAGGGGAAUAUCACAACACGAUCAUCACCACCAAUAAUCGCCCGAAAAAAAUAAAAGAGAAGGAAAAUGCUGAUGACGUCCUUUUUCGCGCUUGCAGGGCCGCCGCCGUCCCCAGCUCCGCUGCCACCUAUGCGACUCUCCGUGAGAUCGAGGACCGUCUCAAGUCCAUCCGAAACAUCGAGAAGAUCACAAACACCAUGAAGAUUGUCGCCUCCACCAAGCUCACCCGAGCCCAGCGCGCCAUGAACGACUCCCGCAAGUACGGUCAGACCUCCAAUGAGGUUUACGAGUCCGCUGAGACCAAGGCUCUCGAGGCUGAGGACAAGAAGACCCUCAUCAUCGUCUGCUCCUCCGACAAGGGUCUCUGCGGUGGUAUUCACUCUGGUCUGUCCCGAUACGUCCGCCGGCUUCAUGCCGAGCAGCCUGGCUUCGACCUCGUCCUCAUUGGUGAGAAGGCCAAGGCUCAGCUCUCCCGAACCAACGCCGCGGCUAUCCAGCUGAGCUUCGCUGGUAUUGGCAAGGAUGUUCCCACCUUUGCCGAUGCCCAGGCCAUCGCCGAUCAGGUUAUCCAGCUCCCUACUGAGUACACCGACAUCAAGAUUCUGUACAACAGCUUCGUUAACGCUCAGACCUACGAGGCUGCCCUGAUUGAGGCAUUUUCCGAGGAGGCUAUCCAGCAGUCCCCCAACUUCUCAGCCUUCGAGGUUGACGAGGAGGUUCUUGGCAACCUCCGCGAGUACAGUCUUGCCAACUCCCUCUACUGGGCUCUUGCUGAGGGCCACGCCUGCGAGCAGUCUGCCCGACGAAACGCUAUGGAUAACGCCUCCAAGAACGCUGGUGAGAUGAUCAACAAGUACCAGAUUCUCUUCAACCGUACUCGACAGGCAGUCAUUACCGGAGAACUGGUUGAGAUUAUCACUGGUGCUACUGCCUCUGCGGACAUGUAA